AUGUCAUCUUUUUACCCUGGCAAACGCCUUUCUACAAAAGGCGAGCGCUGUACAGUGCGCUACAUCGGCGAAGUCAAGGGUAAAUCAGGCCAAUGGCUUGGUGUGGAAUGGGACGAUCCUACUCGCGGAAAGCACUCUGGAAGUCAUGAUGGCAUAGAAUAUUUCAAGUGUAGGAGUUCACAUCCCACUCCUGGAUCAUUCUUGCGUCCAUCGGCAGUAUGGGACAAACCGAGGACUUUUCUGGAGGCUCUGAGGACAAAAUAUGCGGCUGCCGAGACGGGCGGAGAUGCAUCAAGUCAGAACACCAUCAGAAUCAGCGGUAAAGAAGCUGAAGAAGUCGGCUUCGAGAAGAUCGCUCGACAGCAAGCUCAACUUCAGAAUCUCCGUAUCGUGGUCUUGGACGACUUGCUGGUCGCAGCAUACGAUGGUACAAAUACGACACAAGAAGAUAGUCUAGAUCAAAUCCUCGAAACGUGUCCAAACAUCACCGACUUGGAUCUGGGAAGAAAUCUGUUUGAGACUCUUGACGACAUCUCUGAGAUCUGCGACCGGCUACCGAAGCUAAAGUUUCUGCGACUGGAUGCAAACCGUCUGCGAGAUGUUUCACAUCGAACAGUCCCCAACAGCACUGGGUCCGGGCUCGCCCAGAUUACUUCGGCGAGUCUCGAUCACAUGCUGUGCACGGGAGGAGAGCUAGAAAACCUCUUGCGCUCUAUGCCUAGAAUCAAGGAGCUCUCGGCAUCGAGCAACCAGCUGGGCUCCUUGGACAACUGCGGCCUACCCAGCACUUUGACCUCUGUCAUUUUGGAGGACAACGCUUUCUCGAGUCUGGAAGACAUCAAGCAUCUCAAAGAAUGUUGUCCCCAUCUACAAACGCUAGGGCUUAAGAACAACCAGAUCGCAGAUGCCACAAGGAGCAAGCACACGGCUGCCACUUUCAAGCUACCAGAAACAAUAGUCGACGUGGAUCUCGCAUACAACAACAUGACCUCAUGGGAUCUCAUCAACCACCUCGCAGCAAUCGUGCCAGGCUUGGAGCAUUUGCGCAUCGCCCAUAACCCUCUCUUCUCCUCACUACGCUCGGCCGACGGCAAACCACUAACUUCAGCCGACGGCUACAUGCUCACCAUCGCCCGACUCCCCCAACUCGAAACACUCAACUACUCAAAGAUUACAGACAAGGAGCGAAUAAAUUCAGAGUCCUACUACCUCUCUCAAAUUGGGCGAGAGCUUUCUCUAGCUCCAGAAGAAAAGGAGAAGGAGACUCUUUCAGCUCAUCCGAGGUGGAAGGGACUGUGUGAGGAGUACGGCGAACCAAAAGUCGAACGCAAAACGGAAAACGAAGUCGACCCCAACUCUCUCGCGGCAAGACUGUUGGAGUGCACAGUGUAUUCUCCAGCAGCAGCAAAUGUCGUCAAUCUGCCAAAUGAGCAAGACCCAUUGCUCGUCGAGAUACCCAAAUCAUGCAGCAUCUACAAGGUUCACGGAGUGAUUGGCAGACGCCUGGGAGUUGAGCCCUACAAACUUCGCCUCAUACUAGAGACUGGCGAGAAAGACCGCGUUGAUAUGGCUACGUGGAACGGCGUUGAAGAAUGGGACUCCGAUGAGGACGAUGCAGAGAAUGUAGGAGAAGAGUGGAAGGAAAGAGAAGAGGAGCUUGUACCCGGCACAAGACCACUUGGCACGUUUUUGGAUGGGCGGAAGGCUAGAAUUAGGGUCGAGCUCAAAGACCUGGCGAAGGAGAGGAACUUGAUGUUCACGUGA